AUGAUGGCUGCGACGGUAAGGACAGUGGUCUGUCUGACCCUGUGGAUAUCGGUCUGUCAGGUCGGGGGCUCAUACAUCCCUCAAGAGAUGAACAAGACCAUCCAGAACCUCCGGCAACACUAUGUGAGUAUUGAUAAAAUCUCAAAGAACGACUUGUUUGACGGCAAGCCAAUCUUCUCCAGAGACUCACUGAAUGGGAAAAUCGAGUCCAAGAUGAUCUACCUGGGGGGUGUUUUAGAAGCUUAUGAAAAGCUGAUCUCUCACAUGCUGAAGCAGUUACCCACUCCCAGUCCUCAGACCACCGGAGACAAAGCCAGCUCUGGUACUCCCGGUGAUGCCGGGUCAGUGCCCAGUGACGUUGGGGAAAAGCUGCAUUACGUCCUGAAGAGAAUCAAGGAUCUGAAGACGCACCACUAUGAGGAGCAGGAGAGGGUUCUGAAAGGACUGCAGUCCCUCAGACAUAUUCAGAUGGACAACUUCAAGGUUCAGAGCAAGGCACUGUGGGAGCUGCCGUGGCUGUUCGAGGAGGCGAGCUCGAUGCCCAACGCCAUCAAGAUGAAGAGGAGGCGGCGACGCCAAGCAAGAACCAAAAAUCGCCCGAGCGCCUGAACGAUAGGAGAAACAGUGACAGCAAUGCAUCAAAGAAUACAAAGAAGAAGCAAAAACAAGAAGAACAUGCAAGAUAUGCCAAUUCAAACUUUUAAUAAGAUGAGAACUGUUUCAA